AUGAGUCUGGCUGGAUUGACCACGUCACUGGCAUUCCCGGCAUACACUGUGAACAUGCUAGACAUUGCUCCGCGUUACUCGAGUAUCAUCAUGGGCGUUUGUAACACUGUUGGAACUACAGCUGGGUUUGUCAGUCCAACAAUAGUGGGAUUCAUUACCCAAGAUAAGGUUGGUAUGGAGUGCAUUUCGAUUGAUUGCAGUUAAACCAAAGCCAAGUAAUUACAAAAGCCAAUCACAGCAAAAGAAAAUGUCACAAAGAGCCAAUCAGAAUUCAUAGUAAAAGCACAAAGCCAAUUCAUUUUACCUAAGAGCAAUCAGCCAUUAAUUUAUCUAGUAAUGCGAUUUAUAAACAUGUAGAUACCAUGUUUUAAUCUGAGGCGAGCAGGGAAACUCAAAAAUCGAAAUCUUCAGGUGAAAGAUUAUUUUUCCUUUUUGAUGACAUUCAGGAACAGAGUAACUCUUAAAACAUUAUAAAGUAAGGCAGAAGAGACCUAGACUAUGCAGUACUUUUCAAGAUACGAGCCCUGAGUAGCCUAGCGUUCAUGCACUCGACCCGGGCCUCCCGCAUAGUCCGCCAUAUUUGCAUUCAGUCUAUAUCAAAUCAUAAAAGCUCCUAAUGUAAAUGCUGUACUCUAAGCUUUCAAAAAAAAUGUUUGACCACAUAUGCAAACUUCCUUUCCUUCUUUUAUAGACUGCUGAAGAGUGGCAAAGGGUCUUUUUGUUAACAUUUGUAAUUUUACUUGGAGGAACUUUCCUAUUUUGCCUUUUGAUGUCCGGAGAACGACAGAAUUGGGACCAAACUAUGAAUAAACCAACAGACGAAAACAUUGAAUCUGAAAGUGCUACUGGUAGCUAGAACAAUCCUAGACAUAGGUUCUUUGCGUACCUUCGUAUACAAUAUACAUAUAUAAUAUAUAUAUAUAUAUAUAUAUAAUCAUUAUUCAUCCGCUGGCGGGGAAACGGGGGGGGGUGAGGGGGUUGGAGGAUUUGGUUGUUUCACAAUACCGUAUAACUGAUCUUGCCACAGGACUCUGUAAUCAUCUUACGAUCCCCCCUCCCCCUCAUUGUGGUAAAUUGACCGUAAAUGUCCUACACUAAUUUAGUGUUAACAACUGAGUUGAAAACGUAAAUUAGCCACCGUAAAGGGUAAAAAAGCUGACGAUUCGAGCGUUAGCCCUUCGUCAAUCGCUCUGACGAAGGGCUAACGCUCAAAACGCUCAAAACGCUCAACUCAAAUUACCUACUAUACUCUCCCACCGACGCAGCAUCACAGCUUCUUUAGAAACUUACCCCUUUAUUUAAUGUCCUAUAGUACUUCGUUUAUACUUUGCUGGCGACGAAUGAUUCCGCCUCCGUUUCCUAUGAAAACCAUGCAAUUCUCCACCCCAAAAACCUCUGCCUCUUACCCUAACCCAUCCCAGGUGAUAAAUAACGAGUGGUUCUUCAGCAAUUUUCUGAGUUGGUUAAUCCAGCCAAUCCGUGGUGAGGAAACCAGUUUGUACGUUAUUCAAUAAAGUUUUCCUUUGUUGUGCAAAAUAGAGUUGAGAUGCAAAAUGAAUGUGUUCUGCAAAAGUGUAUAGAACUUUCCUGCGAGGGAACCUCUUAGUUAACAUUUGUCAAGGUUUGUAUUUGAACUUUUUCUCUAAUUAAACUCUCCGUUUGUUAUUUGUUUUCUUUUGUUUUUUUUAUCAUUGUAUAUUCUCUAUCAAAUCUAAGGUGUCGCAUUUUAAGAUGUUCCGACGGGCGCCACCUGUAAUCCACCAUGUUAAAACCUCAAGCAAACUACUUCAAAAUGGCUAAAUGCUUUUUUAUGACAUACGGUUUAAAAUACAUCUAUACUACCUUACUCUUUGAUAAAUAAAAUGAAAAAUGAUCAAUAGAGCACUAAUGAAAUAUGAUACGUCUUCUCAUACAGUAUUUGGUAUUGUAUUGUUACUUAAUGUUUUUAACUGUGUAGUUAUGAUUAAUUAAUGAAAUUCAAAUUUCCGCUGCUAAGUAGCGCGAAUUGAUCGGCGUAUCUAUGUAUCUUGUUUCAUGCGGACAGCGUAGUAGUUCUAUGCAUCUCCCUGUCAGAGAUUGCACUCCGCUGGACAAAACUUUUAGUUCUAUGAGGACUAUCUUCGGGCAUAAUUCAAAUCAAGUGCACCAUAUUGUAAGUAUUGUCAGAUACGCUGUAAAUAUUUUUACAAGGAUUUAGUGGCCUUAAUUUAAAAGAAUGGCACCUUGUUCGAAUGGGAUUCCGAAGAGGUACGUCCUUUCCGUCUUGGUGUUUUGGGGUUUCUUUACAAUGUACGCGUUGCGAACCAAUCUGAAUGUGGCCAUCGGAGCAAUGGUCAAAAACCACACAGUUGUCAUCGAUGGAGUCGAGACAGAAAAGGUAGAUAACGCUACUCUUACUUGAAUCCCUUGAUUCAAAAUUUUAUUACGCUACAUAAUUAGAGAAAGACAACUCGCAGACUGAUCAUGGAAUAGAAACCGACAAGGAGGUAAAGGUCUGUGGUCCGUGGUUUCGCGACUCAAGGGAUUUUUUCAAGUAGAGAAGGUCAGGGUCUUGAGUUUUCCGAAUAAAUUUAACACCCGCCGUGACCGACUUUACACGUGCGGGUGGCAUUUUUAAAAAUGAUAAAUUCAAGUUUUCAUAUCACCGAAAUCAAAUAACCACAUAGUAACGAAGACUGCUGCUUGUAAAAGAGGGAAGAAUCUUCGCCUGUUAAAUAAAGUAAGCUUUCAGAGCGUGCACUCAGAUUGCGUGGUAUUAAAUAAUCAACUAAAUUCUCUAACAUGUAAGGAAGUAUCAAUGACACUGUAAAAAGCAAUGCCAACACAAUUUUGUUGUUCCUCUUGCAUCAAAUUGACACCACCGACUUUGAUACUGACUGACCACAAGGAUCGCGAAAUAUAUUUCCAAGAUCGUGGUCACGGCAAAAAUCCUUGCCAAUCCGGUCGCCCAUAGCAAGGCUGGAAUAAACAAGUGAUAAACGCAUUUAAACUUUACCCAACUUGUUUCGUCGUCAAGUUCUUUUUCUCGCUUUUUUUUUCCCAGGAGGCAGAAUUUAAGUGGAGCUCAAAAUUACAAGGCAAGAUUAAUUUGAAAUUGUCGUUGUUCUGUGUUGACGUAUGGUAUAUACAUAGAGAAUAAUACAUGGCUGCGCGUAGAUAUGGAAUUUCUUAUAGUGUGUUCAACUAGAGUUCAACACAAGAAAUUCCAUCCUACAAGCAGCCAUGUAAUAUUUUGCAUAUGACAUGGAAGCAACAAGCCUAUAAGGAAAAUCCUUGUAAAACUCCGCAGUUUACAUGAUAAAGUUCUUUAACGAUUCUUGUUAAACUCAACCUCACUUCCUUUACGGAUAAUAAUAAGUUGUGUCACUAUACUCACAGGGGUGGUACUGGGUUCGUUUUAUUACGGCUACGUUGCGUUACAAAUCCCCGGAGGCUGGCUUGCCUUAAAACUCGGAGGAACACGCCUGUUUGGUUCAGCGGUGCUGAUGGCUUCGGUCUUAACAUUAUUAACCCCGUUAGCUUCCAGAGCAAGUGUGGUGCUUCUUAUUGUUGUACGAGUUUGUGAAGGAUUGGUUCUGGUUAGUAUUAGUUUUAAUUACCGAAUUCAUAUACGAAAUAACGCACGAUGGAAAAGUAACAAUCCUAGAUGCAAUUCUGAUUUUAUCAAUAAGCAAGUGGGUUAUGUGUUAGUUUUAUUUGAGCGGUCCUGUUGAAGUGACCGUUCAAUACAGUUAACUAAAAGACACAACGCUAACAGGCCGUUGGGACUCGGUCAAAGAUGACCGCGACCGCUCAAGAGGUGACCGCUUUUUGAAGGUGAAAAUUGCAGUAACUAAGGGGAAAAACUUAGGACUUUGACAACUGACCACAUAGUACAUGGUGACCGCUAAAUACAAUGCGCCCUAAGGCUCGACUCUACAAAGACUAUAACCUCCCACGUUACCUCAGACUUCCCUUUUUUUUCAUCUCUAAUCUGCCUCUCUAGCUACUACCUGGUUUCUGACACAUAUUUGCCAACUAUUAGGGAGUAUUGUUUCCUUGUAACCACGCUAUCUGGAGCAAAUGGGCACCAAGCAUGGAGAGAACUACUUUAGUCACUAUAGCAGUCACAGGUACUUUUCAAACCCGUUCAUUUAUCAUUGAUUUGUUUUAUGGAUCGUUGAAAAUUGGUCUAAAAAAAUUGUUUUCUUGGAUGGAAUUAUACCGAAGAGACAAGAAUUAACCACUGGCGUAGCACAUUGAUGAAGGAUGCAAAAGAUCGGCAUGGAUUUCAAAUGACAAUCUUGAGAAAUCUACUCCUAAAUUUUUACGAGAAGCACAGGUCGCAACGAACUUCCUUCUGCUGGUCUCCCACUCAAUUUAUGGCAAGUUGGUAAAGAAAUAAAGAUAUUUCAAAUCGUUUCCUUCAGCUUGGUUUUUUUCUUCUUUUAAUGGUUUCCCCAUGGUUGGAACAAAAUGUUUUCAAAAAUGCAAAACUUGACAUUUCUGAUUGAAGGUUGCACUGUUGGCAGUAUAAUAACAAUGCCGAUUUCUGGGUUGUUAACAAGAUAUGAUCUUGAUGGUGGAUGGCCAGCUGUGUUCUAUGCAUUUGGUAAGAAAAAUGUUUAAGAUAUACAAAUAAUCCUUAGAUUGCUUUGCUUAAUCAGGCAAAUAAAAAAAGAUGAACCAAUUCUCUAAGGCCUCAAACCGGAUUCAACAGUCAAAGGAAGAAGAUCGAUUGACAUCUAAGCAAAACCGUGAUCAAUGCUCAACCUCAACCGAGCGCAUGGAGAUCAAGUCUUUUAUUCCCCUUCGCGCCCAAACUUAUUUUUAUCAAUCCAAUUUCCAGCAUGACAAUAGCCAAAAAAUAACAAAAAAUUAGGGCCCCAAAAACAUUGCUUUUGUUAAACACUUUGAAACUUCUCUAUUCACAGGAAUAUUUGGCAUCAUGUGGUAUGUGGCUUGGUUUGUUUUUGCGUUCGAAUCUCCAUCAGUUCAUCCUACCAUAACAUAUGACGAACGCUCCUACAUUGAGCUUACCGCCGUUAAUAUGGAAGAGGUUAAAGUCUUUAAGUUCCCUAUUGUUUUGAGAGGACUUAAAAAUGGAUGCUUAACAACAAAAAAUAAUUUUUUAUCGACCAAAUUUAUGAAAAAAAAAACCCGUCAGAUUUUUAAAAUUGUAUUGUUUAUAAUUGGGAGUAAGAACUUAGUUCAAAUAAUUAUUCCUGUUUUUCGACUGGUGAAAAUCCGCGACUGUUAGAAACGAAAAGAUCUCAUUGACUCUAUGUCAUGAAUUCCCUGUAGAAGAAUAAACUUGCUUUGUUUGUAGCUCGUAACACUAAAAGAUCCAGCAGAGUCUUCGGAUAGGAUAGAUUAAGGAAAUGAGAAACUAAGUUUACCCCAAUUCUUCGGCAUAGCGGUUGAAUGCGGAAGAAUCUUGCAAUAAUAUAUGUAUAUAUAUAUAUUUAUAUAUUACUAGGAAACAACUUGCUUUAGACUUGAAUUUUACGGUAUUACAAUUUAUCAACAACUCGAGUGUUUCAUUCGUAGGUAUCUCAUGGUACUGUACCUUGGAAAUCGAUUUUGACCUCGGGUCCUGUUUGGGCCAUCAUUAUAGCCGCUUUUGCUUCCGAUUGGGGCUUAUAUGUGUUACUCAUUUGUGUUCCUCUUUUUCUGAUGGACAUCUUGCACUAUGAAGUUGCAGCGGUGAGUUAUUAUUCAGAAAAUAAUGUAAAUGAUUAACACAAAAAUAUCUGGAUCAUGCCUUGCGGCCACGCAGAAAUAGAUCUGCAGUAAUUAAUACGCUUGGAAGUUAGCUGACAUCGAAAAUUAUAUAAAUGCUUAAUUUAGAUGUGAAGAAGAUAUUCAUAAUUGCAACAUUAAACACGUCCACUGUAUGUCAUAUAUAGAUUAUUCUAUACUAACUUUUGAUUAACAAUAAAAAUUGUUUCGAUGAAAGUUGGGGUAGGCAGUGGCGGUUUUGUUCGUAAAUUUCUUAGGAAGUAGUGUUUGAUUUUGCCUCACUGUUAGUUUUGCCUAAAGUGCUGUCGCGGGAGGAUCUUAACCAGAAUAGUUUAAUUCCGCUGAAUUCGUUUACAAGGCAAACGGAAGUCAUUAUUCGGAGUCGUGCACAAGAAGACUGACGUUCUGAUUGAAAACAAAGUAAAAGUACAAGGCGCGUAGAUUACUUGAAAAAGGAAGAAUUGGUAUUUUUAAGGAAACAUUCUCAGUGCAAACGACGACUUACGAUCCUAUCUUAACUAGAAAUGACUUUCAUGAGAUAUAGAUAUCCCAACUGACAAAGCUCAGACUGUCCCUCAUCAUCCUCCUACUUUCUUUUUUUGCCAUUUCUACCUUUUUUUAUAUUUCAAAGCAAAUUAGAGAAUAGCAACAACUUUUCUUUCAGCCUGGCCCGACCGAAAUUAGUUUACUUUUGUAAUGUACACAUAAUCUUUUGUACGAUUUACUUUUACUCGGCUCAUUUUCUUCGUCUCAGAUGGGAUUUGCGGCUGCCGCUCCGUUUGUUUUCAAAUCUUUAACUUGUCCCUUGGCGGGAGUCAUCGCUGACCUUCUCAGGCGGAAUAUUCUUUCUACCAAGACGGUGAGACGCGUGUUCUACACAACAGGUAUAGCACAAUUUUUAAAAGUGGGAAAUGGUAAAGCAGAAUCCCAGUGGUAUCAGGCGAAAUGCUCGCGAAAUGGUCCUGAAGUAAGAAACCGUUAUAGCAGACCUGAAACGUCUUUUGAGUUACAUGGCGGAUGGCAUUAACAUUAGGUCUUCGUUAUAGUGUAAAUGGUUUUCAUUAUCCUGCGUCCUGUACGUACGCCUUUACUCCUUUUGUCAGAAGUUGAUCACCUUGAUGAACUCUAUGCAAAUAAAAUUGCUUUCUCGUAAAUAUGAGAUUCAAACCAACACAUACAUUUUUUCUUGACGUGGAAUGCCACAGGAAUAGCCAAUAAAACGAAAACAGUCUUUAAUUAACCAAGACAUCUAACUGACGAUCCUCCGCUUGCCAAGUAUACCGGGUACUUUGUAUAUGAUCGCAUUUUGUUUUGCAGGUGCAGUUACCGGUGGACUAUUUAUUCUAAUAGCGGGCUAUUUCAAGAAUCCUGAUGCUGUGAUAGGUUGCAUGUGCGUUAGUGGAGCUGCCCUCGGAUUGGUUUAUGCGGGCUUCCAAGUAAACAUGUUAGAUAUAGCGCCGAGAAACGCGUCUAUCAUCAUGGGCAUCGUGAACGCGGCCAGUAACACCGCUGGCUUUCUCAGUCCCAUGUUGGUUGGGUUCAUAACGCAUCACAAGGUUCGAUCCACUAAAUAGCUUUGCUCGGCCGACAGUAUCACUCUGUUGUGUGUCUUUUCCAUGUGUGUCAUGGUACUCCUCCCUCCUGUGUACUGGUCGAAAGUGAUAUCCAUUAUACAGCUUUGCUCGGCUAAUAGCCUCUUUCUGGCGUAUGGCCUGACGCAGUCCCGUGGUACAUGGACUCAGCCCUCCCCUUUUACACUGGAGUGGAGGCUGAGUAACCUGCCACGAGAGUAUUUUUGACUUUAUCGCCAAAGGAAUGGAAUGUUUUUUUUUCCUCGGUGCAUCCUUAGCUAUUUUAACCACUUAACCGAAAAAGCAGUUUUUUUCUAUAAGAUCUGUACUUAACCUUUGCUUCUUUGCCUCCUGUUGCCUUUCAGACUUCUGGAGAAUGGCGGACAGUUUUUUGGAUAACAUUUCUUUUAUACGUCAUUGGAUCUAUUGCUUUCAUGGCGCUAAUGACAGCUGACAGACAAGAAUGGGACAAAGUUGAAGGGGCUUCGAGAGAACCCAGUUUAGAUGUCGCCACUACACCGUGA